AUGUUGAACAUCCAAGGAGAAACACUUCGCUUCACCCAGGUCUUCUUGGUCGUGGCACCCGCCUUCAUCUGCUUUGGCUACAACCAGUCGGGCCUCGGAGGGCUGGUUGAAUUUCCCUCCUGGGUCCAUCAAUUCCCCCAAAUCGACACGAUCAAUACCACGGGAGCCCAGCAGACCCACCGAACCACCAUUCAAGGGACUGUCGUGGCCAGCCUGAUGAUCGGAGCUUUUAUAGGCUCUCUCACCUCCUGCGUGGGCCUGAUCGGACAAAUCCUAGAAUGUACCUCCUAUUCCCUGCCACAGAUGGUAGUCGGGAGACUCGUUCUCGGGGCUGGAACCGGCACAUUGAGCGCCGCCGUUCCAGUAUGGCAGUCCGAGUGCUCCAAACCAGAGAAACGAGGUCGCAAUGUCGUGUUGAUCGGAGCCUUCAUUGCCCUGGGCUAUACCCUCGCCCAGUGGGUCAAUUUUGGGUUAUACCACAUGGAAGACGAAUCGGCCACCUGGCGCACGUCCUUGGCAAUCCCAUCGCUUCUGUUCCUCCUAAUCAUGGCAAGCAUCUACUCCACGAUGGAAACGUCCAUCGAGGAAGCCACCUGCAUCAUCACCUUCUUCAUCAUCGAUCGCAUCGGUCGUCGUGCCUCCUUCAUGAUCAGCGGCGCCGGCAUGUCCGCAUGCAUGGUCGCGCUCGCCGUGUCUAACUCGGAUGCCUUCUCCCACAACCACACCGCAUCCAUCAUCUCCGCGCUCUUCAUCUUCCUCUUUACAACACCUUCCUGCCAGAUGUUCAUCGUCGCGAUGAUCACCCCCACCGCCCUCAACAGCAUCGGCUCCUAUUACUAUAUUGUCUAUGCCGUCAUUGCUGGCUUGAUCCCCCCCGACCAUCUAUCUUCAUACAAGCAUGAACCCCCAGAAGAAAAGAGACAGGAGAAAGAAAGACGAGGUGAAAGCCGACGAAAUGAACGAAUGAGACGAGCCCGAUGA